AUGAUAGAUCCUAAAUAUAAAUUCCUAAUCGCAAUAUUCAUUUUAUUACCCUUAAUUGGAAUAACAUAACAGAAUUUAUCCGAUGAUAUCCACAGUAAUUUAGCAGAAGAAACAAACUUUGGUAUCUUGACUUCAUUGGAGAAUUACAUUGAGACUCAUAAUUUAGUUUUAAAUAAUGGAUAGUACAGUAUUUAGUGUUUAACUUGCAAAUUUUCAUUAUAUUGGUCAUGGCUAAUAGCUAACAAUCAACUUUCUAGAUUUAUACUAGUCAAAAUAAUCUCAUACGUUUGUACCAAAGUUACACCAUAUGAUUAAUAUACUUGCAAUGGCUAUGUUGGGUCAUUUGCUGACGUGGGUAUCGAUUAAUUAUUCAAGGGUCCAUUUAAUGAGAAAGUUAUUUGUGAGGAUACAUAUAAAAUGUGUCCAGAUACAGUUGUUUCCAGAGUAAAAAGCAUAGAAUAGUUUCAAACCAGUGUUCUUUCUGACAAGCCUUCAAAUAUCGCAAAUGACUAGUUUAUCAACAACAUCUACACCAGUAUUGGCUCUUCGGCAAGAACUACUUUCAAGAUGCUUCAUCUAGCAGAUUUACAUCUAGAUACAAAAUAUGUACUAGGAGCUUCAAAUACUUGUAAUCAAAUUAUUUGCUGUAGAUCGAAUCAUGGAUUUCCUUCUGAUACUUCCAAGUAAGCAGGAUAAUACGGGGAGUUUAAGUGUGAUUCCCCUCUGUCAUUAUUAGUAAGUAUGGCUGACUACAUCAACAAUGUAAUCUAACCUGAUAUGAUAAUUUGGACUGGUGAUAGCAUGCCGCAUGCUGAAGCGUAAGGCAUGAAUUUUGAGGAAAAAAAGACAACUAUAGAUCAGAUUAAUGAUUUGUUACUAACUAAAUUCGCUAAUAUUCCACUAUAUCCUUCAGUGGGUAAUCAUGACUAUGCUAGUACUAAUUUUGAAGACUAUACCAAGAAAGAGUAACUAUAUUAAUACGUCUCCACUGAUUGGAGUAACUGGCUUGAUAAUGAUGCCAUGCAGUUAUUUUUAAGUAAAGGGUAUUACAAGUAAAAACUAAAACUCAGAGAUGGGACGACUUUUAACAAUGUGUAUAUGAUUGCUCUUAAUACAGAGGUUUGCUAUUUCUAUAACUUCUAUUUGUUUUCUCAGAGAAAUGAUCCAGCUGGAAUGCUCAGUUGGCUUGAGACAACUUUGAAAAGCUUCGAGACUAAUGGAUAAGUUGCUAUAAUGUUUGGGCAUAUACCCCCUAGUGGGAAAGAUUGUAUGAAUGGUUGGUCCUCAAGAUUCAAGGCUAUCACUGAUAGAUUCUAACAUAUUAUAAGACUCACUGCUUAUGGUCAUAAACAUAAAGAAAUGGUAAAUCUAGCAAGAUCAGUAGCUGGUGAUCUCCCAAUAGGAGUUCAUUUUUCAACAAGCUCUGUAACUCCUUAUGGCGGAGUUUUCGAAGUUGACAACUAGUAUUUUGUACCUUUAAAGGCGACAACCCACUACAUGGACAUUAAUGCAGCUAAUCCAGUUUGGGCUGCUCGUCAUGAGCUAACUAAUCAUUACUCUUUGUCCAAUUUGAGUCCAGCUGCAUUUUAAGAUUUUGCAAAUCGUGUAAAAACUGACUCAGUACUUGCUUCAAAGUAUCUAACAUCAAGAAGUGCGGGAGCAUCGCCAGUAAGCUCGUGUGCUCAGGCUUGUAGAAAUUAAUGGUAUUGCUACAUACGGGAGUAAACCUACUACGACUACUUAGACUGCAUGGGAUAGGAUAAGAGUGUUUUCUUUGAAGGACAAUUUGAUUGGUUGUUUGAUCCCUGGUUUUAAUUAUGA